AUGACAUCAUCUCCCACACCAUCAAAGGUAGACCAACGUCAGGUUCAGAAAUUACACUCUUCCUGCAACACCGAUAAGAAAGAUAAAGAAGACGGAACACCGGGGCCCUCAGGGGGAACAACCGGGGCUCUCAAAGAGAACACCAGGGGCCUCAGGAACAACCGGGAGGGGGAACACCCGGGGCUCUCAGGGGGAACAACCGGGGGCCCUCAGGGGGAACAACCGGGGGCCUCAGGGGAACACCCAGGGCUCUCAGGGGGAACAACCGGGGGCCCUCAGGGGGAACACCCGGGGGCCCUCAGGGGGAACAACCGGGGGCCCUCAGGGGGAACACCCGGGGGCCCUCAGGGGGAACAACCGGGGGCCCUCAGGGGGAACACCCAGGGGGGAGUGGUCCAUGGCCACCUCAGGACGUGA